AAAAAGAGAGGGAGCUACAGAAGAGGCAACGCAGUGCUCUGAGCGCACACACUUGAAGGAGUGAGUGCAAGAGAGAGGCGCUGAAGGAACAUUUGAAAACAUAUUUUGGAUUGUUUCCUCUGUUUUUUUCCUGGCCUACUUUGUGUCGGAUUGCAGAGUACAUUUAACCAGAACCUUUUUUUUUUGUUUUUUGAUUUGUGUGUGUGAUUUGCUUGAAUGUUUUAGAGUUAUAAGGAAGAAGUGGAGCGUCAUUCAACUACAUCGUAUCCAUCAUCUGGGACUAGAGUGCACCACGUGUGUACUUGAGUUUAAUGCUAUAUGAGUGAACAUUUUGUGUAUUAACAAGGACUUUUAAGCUCGUUUGGAGGGAGGAAACCGGGAGUAAAGUAUUUGACGGGAGGACGGAGGUGCCCCCCUCCUCUGCCUCCCAGUUGUUCAAGCUGUGCACGAUUUGACUUAUGGCUCUCCAUAAAUUCCUAAAGAGCUUCUGAGGAGUGAACAGAGAAGCAAGUCCACCACUCUGGUCCCCUCACAUCCGACAGCUUCUCGAAAGUUAAGCAACGUGAGUCGAAGUUGUGGGUCCCCUAAAAAAAAAGCACGUUUGUUAGCAGGGGAGGGGGGCUUCUCCCACUCUUGUACCCUCUCCCUAGCCGCCAGCUCAGCAUGCCCCAGCCCCUGAGCACCUCCACAGCUCCUCCAGCUCCACUACCAUGUGUAGAUGGACAGUGAUACAAGGUGCACCGGUCGCCUGGUUCUCCUCCUACCCCCGCCACAGCCACCACAAAACCCCACCGCACCUCCUCUCCUUUGCCUUCCUUUUCCUGCUCCUCCUGCUUGGACCGUCCUCGUCCCUGUCUUCUCCUGCGCCGCAGAGUUUCAACCAAAGCCACCAUGCUGGAGGAAGAAGCCCAGCACUCCCCUUUGUUUCACAGGAAUCACCAUCUUCCUCCUCACCGGCACCUCUGCACGCCUCCUCCGCCAGGUUGCCACGGGCGACCAACGUGUCGUCGUCAUCUUCGUCAGGCACCGUGGUGGGGCGCCACGUGCGCAGCAGCUACAACCACUUGCAGGGAGACGUGCGCCGACGGAAACUCUUCUCCUACCAGAAAUUCUUCCUCCGCAUUGACAAGAAAGGGAAAGUCAAUGGCACCAAAAGUGAGGAUGACCCUUACAGUGUCCUGGAAAUCAAGUCCGUGGAUGUGGGAGUUGUGGCCAUCAGGGGCCUUAGCAGUAACUACUAUCUGGCCAUCAGCAAGAAGGGAGAGCUGUACGGCGCGAGGGACUUUGGGCCUGACUGUCGCCUGAUCGAGCGCAUCGAAGAGAACAAGUACAACACGUACGCUUCUGCGGAGUGGCGCAACAAGAGGAAGCACAUGUUCGUGGGACUCAACGGCAACGGCAAGGCCGUGAGGGGGAAGAAAACCAGGAGGAAAAACACAACCACUCACUUCUUGCCCAUCGUGGUGCAUCCCCGAUGAUGGGAGGUCACGCCGUGUGUCCUGCCAGUGGGAAAUGCUGAGCUUCUGGAGGAGGACUUUGUUUGGAAAAGAGACAACAAGGAGGGAAAAAUAAAGACAUUCUGCAUCUGUCAUAUUAGGACACUUCUAUUUUUAAAAAGAUAUAUUACUAUACAAUGUACAGUAUGUAAUAUUUUCGGGUCUAACUUAUAAAUGAAUUCUAGCACAGUAGGACAUAUGAGAAUAAUAAAUGAUGUGCUCGGUAAGUGACACAAAAGGAGAUGAGAAGAAAAAGAAGGCAGAAGGUGACCAGACCAGCAAACCAAAUAACUCAAGCUCCAUCAAAAGUUUCCUUUGAAUUUAUUUAUUUUGUGUAGUAUUUAACUGAAAGAACAAAUGCGUG